CCUGAACCCACACCAACCCCUACAAUAACUCAAACAACUCUUACAACAACACAAACAACCAUUACAGAAGCACCUAUAAUGACUCCUACAACUACCAUGAUAACAUCCAAAGCACCAACUAUUUUACCACUGAGCAAAAUUCCUCUUCAGUUUUCUCUUCAAGUUGACAGUCUAGCACCAUCUUGUGUUGAGGGUCAAUAUCUGCCACUGUUCUUCUACCCAACACCUCAACAUGGAGAACUCUUGCAGACUCGUGUAAAUCAUCAGUUUGAGUUCAGAGUGAAGGCUGUUGCAUCUUUUUCAAGAAUUAUUGAUGUCAUCAUUAGUGGACCAUUAAACAGCACAAAGACCAAAACUACCACUGGGGAAUAUGUGAUUAACUGGACACCAACUCAAGAAAACUAUGGUCAACACUUUCCAUUUUGCUUCAUUGCAGAAGGACAAUACAUGUCUGAUAUUUACCAGUCUGAGAUGAGGUGCAUUGUUGCAGAGGUCAUUAGUGAAGGACCUGUGGUACAUGUAACCUGCUCAGCAAACUCAAUGUCAGUCACAAUAGUGAGGUCUUCCAUCCAAAACCUCAGGGGUGACCAACUGAGACUGAUAGAUCCAUCUUGUCAGCUUUACUCCAACAGUACUGAUGUGUACGCCAGCACACCUCUUAAUGGAUGUGGCACUACGUUAGAGGAGACAGACAACGAACUCAUCUUUAAGAAUAAAGUCACCACAUUUGCCGAUCCCCAGGACAUUACAUCCAGAAUAAACCUAGAACUUGAAAUUAUGUGCGCGUACCAAAAAAAUAACAACAUCAGACAGGAGUUUGGUAUUCACAAGUCUCCAAUCAGAAUCUCAGAUAAGAGUUUUGGCACAAUGAACUAUCACUUUGAGUUUUACCCAUCUAACAGUUUCCAAAACAUGACGGAUCCAAGUGCCUACCCUCUUGAGUAUAAUGUGGGAGAUAUGAUCUACAUGAAGAUUGAGCCUGACUAUCCAGUCCCAAACACUGAGCUGUUUCUUGAGUCCUGUAUGGCUACGCCUUAUGAUACUCCUUCUUACCCAGUCUCCUAUCCCAUCAUCACCAAUGGAUGCAACAUGGAUGAAUCGGUUCAGGUUUUAUCAAGUCACACACCAUACGUUGAGUUUGAAAUGGCGGCCUUCAAAUUCACUGGGUUUCAAGACCAGGUGUUCAUCAGCUGCUCCAUUGUCAUAUGUCAGGCAGACAUUCCCAACACUCGCUGCUCUCAGGGCUGCCUCAACAGCACCGUCGCCCCACCUUCACACAACAUUAACAAAAGAGAAGCCCCCAUUGAGACCGACAGUUACUUCAUCUCUCAGGGACCCCUACGGCUGAAGAGGAGCCCAUCACAGGUGACUGUGAAUCUGGGAUUGAAUGUAAACCUUGCUGCUGUUGCUGGGUCUCUGCUGGCCAUUACUGCUGUGAUUUGCGUUGUGAUCCUCUACACAUCCAGGAUCAGAAAUCCACCCUUGCUAUCACACGACUUUUGAAUGUGUCAGCAUUUUUCCCAAAGCAUAAUGCAAUAUUUUUUUAUGAUGAAAACAGAAUUUAUAAGCUUGUUGGUGUGCUAACAAUAUUUUAUUAUGGUGGAACGAUCUUCCCGUUCCCACACGGACUGCAGAUUCCCUGGUAUCUUUCAAUCGACAACUAAAAACCCAUUCUUUUCUGUGAUCACCUGAACCCCGGUUGAAUAAAACCUCUCCCCUACCUCCCCAUACAAUAGUAUCUGGAUGCAGACUUGGAUUUGCAAGAUGAGACUGCAAAUGCACUCAAUUGAGCUAGUAAUGUCAGUGUGAGGGGAUAGGGUUAGUGGUGGGGUUAGGUGUGUGCAUUAAAAAGCAUUGCAUGCAGCUCACCUUGCAAGUCUGCAUCCAGACCCACACCCCACACAACAACCCUAAAUUUGAUUAAUUCCGACUGUGCCUCGCACAGGUAAGUGGGCUUAACAAACCACCUGUAGAAACAACAUAGGCUCAUUCUGAAAACGUAUUUCUAUAUACAUUUCUGGAGAUCACGAAUUAUGUAGCCGGAAGUACGUAUGGCUGCAUUUCGUCAUUAAAAAGAACACUUAAGGAUGGUAAGACAUCGUUCCUUUCCGCGCUAGCAGCAAUCAGCUUACCUUGGUAUGGACAGCUUUCCCGCUAUUACCAGUUUGUCCAGUAGCUUGCCAUGUACGUCAGUGAACUUGAGACACAGAAGGUAGUUGACCAUGAUGACAGGGUUCGGCAAAGAACGGUUACAGGAAGCAGGUCAGACAAAAACAAAAGCUAAAUAAUA